UAAGGUCAGAGGCUCUCGGGUACGCAGCUUUCCGACCCACCUACGAUGCAUUCCACCGUGUUUUCAGGGAAGAAGCGUUCUUGCGUGCAAUAAAUGGGUCAGCCAUUAUUGCACGGCGACGAACGUUGGAUCGGGAGAGAGAGGGAGGUGACAGAGAGAAGAAUGGCAGCGGCGACGACGCCGGAGCGCCAUGGUGAGGGGCUUCCCCGAAGGCUCUGCUGCCGAGAACUCCAGCUCCAGGAGUUCCCCGACAAGUACGUCAUCCGAUCGCUCGACCCCGACGCCCCCGACCACGCCUUCUCCGUCGACCGCUCCGACGGCCAUCUCCAGACCCUCUCCGGAGAUAUCGGUUCUGAAACUCCUUUUAAAGUUGCAACAAUUUAUGGAGUGGUUGGCGUUAUAAGAUUGCUUGCAGGAACAUAUGUUCUAGUUAUCACUGAUCGUCAGGAAGUUGGUACCUAUCUUGGUUAUUCUAUUUACCAUGUGAAGUCCAUGAAAUUUCUCUCCUGCAAUGAGGCUCUGAGGCAUUCAACUUCCCAAGAAAAAAAAGAUGAGGCUUACUUUAUGUCUCUCCUUAGAACUGUGGAAUCAACCCCUGGGUUAUAUUAUUCAUAUGAAAGGGAUAUAACAUUAAACUUACAGAGGGCAUGCACGUUAGAUGAAGUAAGGGUGCACAAACCGCUCUGGAAACAGGGUGAUCCCCGCUUUGUUUGGAACCGAAACAUGUUGGAGGAGCUUAUAGAAAUAAAGCUUGAUGCGUUCAUCAUCCCCUUGAUACAAGGAAGCUUUCAGACCAUACAAUUUACCCUAAAAAAAUCACCUGUCAGAAUUACAUUAAUUUCACGAAGAUGCAACAGGCGUCUAGGAACAAGAAUGUGGAGAAGAGGAGCUAAUCUUGAAGGUGACACAGCUAAUUUUAUUGAGACUGAGCAGUUGGUUGAGUUCGAAGGUCUUAAAUCCUCAUUUUUACAGAUUCGAGGUUCUAUUCCACUUCUUUGGGAACAAAUAGUAGACUUGAGCUACAAACCACGUCUUAGUAUAAUUAGUCAUGAAGAAACGCCAAAAGUUGUUGAGCGCCAUUUUCAUGAUCUUAUACAAAGAUAUGGGGAGACCAUGGCAGUUGACCUCACCGAUAAACAUGGUGAUGAAGGUGAGCUAAGUCGUGCAUUUGCUGCUGAAAUGGAAAAACUUCCUCACGUCAGAUACGUGUCUUUUGACUUCCAUCACAUUUGUGGCAAAGGGAACUUUGAUAAUCUACAACUUCUUUAUGAUCAAAUCAAAGAAGAUGUUGAAAAACAAGGAUAUUUUCUUGUCAAUGCUGAAGGACGAAUACUAUCAGAGCAGAAUGGAAUAAUUAGGGUGAAUUGCAUUGAUUGCCUCGACCGAACGAAUGUCACUCAGAGUUAUAUGGCGAGGAAAUCGUUAAACUCUCAACUGCAAUACAUGGGAGCAUUUUCUUCAAGUGAAUGCAUAUCCAUGUAUGAUGACAUUUAUGAUAUGUUCAAGAUAUUAUGGGUGCAACAUGGAGAUGAGAUCAGCUUGGAAUAUGCUGGUACUCUUGCCCUGAAGGGGGACCUUGUCAGAUAUGGGAGACAGACUCUGGCUGGAUUAAUAAAGGAUGGCAUGAGUGCUCUCUCUCGCUAUUAUUUGAAUAACUUUCAAGAUGGCAUUCGCCAAGAUGCAAUGGAUCUUAUUAGUGGCCGUUAUUCAGUCAGAAGAAAUGGUCCAUCUCCUUUUCAGCUAAAUGCGUUUGAGUCAUUAUCAUAUCUUCCAGUGGCAUCAGUUCUCAUUGUUGGAGGUCUUACAUUAACAACAUUAACGUUAAAUCAAGCCAGGCACAACGCACAGCACUUCGUUUCUUCUGUAGUUUGGGCUGGCUUGACGGCUGGAGUGAUGGCCCUUGUGAAAGCAAAUGGGAAGCAAUUCUGCUCCAGGCCACGCUUGUGUGGCCUCUUGUAACUUUUUGGUCUACUUUGAUUUUGGUGAUCUUAAAAAAAAUAUAUUAUACGAAUGGAAUUCGUUUGUCUUGUGUAAUAGUGGACGAAUGUGAAUAUCAAAUUAUCAAACAAUCCACGUGUUGAAGGUAAUGAUAUAUGUGAACGUACAAGGAAUUCAUGAACCA